AUGAAGGAAACUGAAGAGCAGCUGCUGCUGGUCAGCAGGGAAAACCAAGUGCUGAAGAUCAAGCUGGAAGCCACCAGAGAAGCAGGUGUACAGGCUCUCCGAUCUGCCUCCCAGAAACUGCAUGAGAAUUACCAGACUCGGUCAGAAGAACUGAAAGAAAGGCAUGAGAAUGAGAAGAAGCGAAUACAGGCCCACAAUCUUCAACAAGAAGAGAAGCUCCAGCAAAGCUCAGAAAACGCCAGCCGCCUCGCUGAAGGCAUCAGGGAAAAAUGUACCCGCAUCGCAGAGAUGGAGAAGCGCGUGCAAAGGAUGGAGGAGGAAAAGAAAACUCUGAUAGAGAAGAAAAUGUCAUUUGAAAAGACGCUUCAACAGAUGAUGUCGAGGAGUGAAGACAGCAAACGGUGCCUGGAUCUCCAGAGGCAGAUUUUCACCCUGCGGGAGCAGAUUUGCCACCUGCAACGCGUGAUCCAGGCGCAGCAUCGCGGCCUGCGCGGCGUGAUCCAGGAGGCGGAGGAACUGAAGAAGGAACUUGGAAGCCAAGAUAAAAAAAUAGAAAACCUGACAGAGAAGCUGACCGCGCUGGAAGUGCGGAAUAAAGAACUGAAAGACAGAGUGGAGUUCUGGUCUGGCCAGCCCAAGACUAAAGUUUCAAAAGCUGUCUGGACAGAGUAA